UAAACGACCCAGUUAACGACCUAGUUAACGACUCAGUUAACGACCCAGUUAACGACCCAGUUAACGACCCUUUUAACAACCUAGUUAACAACCCUUUUAACAACCCAGUUAAUGACCCUUUUAACAACCCAGUUAACGACCCUUUUAACAACUCAGUUAACAACUCAGUUAAUGACCCAGUUAACAUACCAGUUAACGUACCUGUUAACGUACCAGUUAACGUACCUGUUAACGUACCUGUUAAUGUACCUAAUAUUAUACUAAAAUUACUAUUAUUUGUUGAAAAUUUGACUAAUAAACUAAAGCUAAAAAUAAACAUAUAA